GAAGGAUCAAGACAGUCCGCGCAAGACUUAGUAUGUGGUUGCGAUAGUUCGCAUAUAGGCCUCCCACACAGGCAAAAAACGACUAUCGAAUCGAGCCAAAUUACCUGUUUUCGGAGCACGUUGCCGCAUGUGUGCGUGCGCUGCAAGACGAAGCACGUUGCCACAUGUGUGCGUACGCUGCAAGACGAAGCACGCACACAGCAGUUCUCGGGAAAGAACUGGAAAGGAGGUAACUGUAUGCGGGCCGAAUCGAAUGAUUGUAAUAGGAAAAGAGGGUCCUGCUGGUGGCCCCCUGUCCAUCACCGCGUCGCGACUGCAGACGCAGAUCAGAAUGAAAGACAAACAGAUAGGAGCAAGAAAACGACGCGAGUCAAACAUACCAGCGAAAUGUAUUUGGAAAAGCUUGGCAAGCUUAUCCCUCGCGGUUUCGUUGAACGAAACUGGGUGUUGCCUGUCAAGCUCCUCUAUUGGUAUAAUUCGUGGGUUUCGGCCAAAGGCGGGGAAGCUGGAUGUGCAACAGAGGCUCCGACGUCAGGCAGCACGACAAGAUAUAUUUAUGAUCCCGCGAGCCUUUCGUUCAUCAUUGAUGGAUCCACGCCGUCUGGAGCGACCUCAUGUAUGCCAGCCACGACCCAGCCGCUACGGGCUGAGGCGAAACGAGGUUGUGCCUCUGCGCUGGGAGAGGCCACUGCUUAGGUGUACCAUGGUAGAUCAGUGGUGAGCAGCCCGUGCCAUAGCUGCGAGAGGCGAUGUAAUAAAGGCGAUGCAGGCUCUCUGUGCCUGAUCUACAGCCCGGUACAACGAUCAACAUGGGUCGUUGCUCAUUUGUAACACGCGCAAGGGAGUGGCUCGGGAACCACCUCGGACCCUGGCCAUCUCUGUUUUGACGACCCCGCUCGAU